AUGUUGUUUAACGCGUUCAAGAUCCAAAGCGGAAAAUCAACUCCUUUACACCCGCAAAGCAACGGACAAGCUGAGGAAACCAACAAAACUAUUGCAUAUAUAUUGAAGAAGAAGUUGGAAGGAUACAAUAAAGGAUGGUGUGAACAAGUGCAUAAUGCAGUAUGGGCAUACAGAACGACACGGAGAGAAGCUACAGGAAUGUCACCUUUCUGCCUAACAUACGAAGUUGAGGCGGUGCUGCCAACUAAAGUAAUUAUUCCUACAACCAAAAAAGAAGCAUGGGAGAAGAAUUUGAACACGGACUUGAUAUUAACAAAACUUGAUGUAGAAGAAAAUAGAGAGAUUGCUCUGCAACAUAUGCAAAAUUACCACAAAAGGAUAGCUCGAGAAUAUAACAAGCGCGUCAAGGUAAGAGAAUUCCAUCCGGGAGAACUAAUGCUGAGAGAAAUACCGCCUUAUCUGAAAGGAGGAGACGGAAAACUGGAAAAAAGUGGGAUGGACCAUAUAUAA